CUGACAAAAAUCUAUUCUACUCCGCGCGAGCGAGUAGAACCAGUGCAUGCGCACUAUGAUGUUCGUAAGUUGCGGAAGAUUGCUGCAGUGUAUGGAGUAGCGCACGUGUGUCAAUACUGAGUGGCAGGCGAAAGUUAGGCUAGAGUACAUUGCUCAAGGUCUGAAGGUCAUGACGGUGCUGCACUUCUACAGAAAGGAGGCGGAGAGAGGGCGGAGCCUUCAGAGGGCCGCGUUGCUCCAUCCGGACAUCAUCAUCCUCACUGAACACUGCUACAAUGUGGAGCUGAGUGCCAAUGCUCCUCUCAGCCAAGACCAGAAGAAUGUCCUCCGCUGGCUGUUCAGUCCUCCGCUCCAGGCAGAGCUGCUGGCGGAGGAGCCCUUUCUGAGGGCGGGGCCGGGGGAGAUCGUGGUGGAGAUUGGGCCCAGGCUGAAUUUCUCCACUGCCUGGUCCACCAAUGCAGUGUCCAUCUGUCAGAGUGUGGGCCUGAGCCAGGUGGCCCGCGUGGAGCUCUCGCGCCGACUCCUCAUGAAGCCCAAAGAUGGAGCGAGUGAGACAAUGGCAGAAGAAAAGAUGGAGAAACUGAUCGCCAGCUUGUACGACAGCAUGACGGAGUGCAUAUACCCUCGUCCGAUUUCUUCUUUUGCUGUGGAGGCGCGCCCUCAGGAGGUGUUUGAGGUGGAUAUUCUGGGGGAGGGCCGCGCUGCCCUGGAGAAGGCUAAUGAGGAGCUUGGUCUGGCGUUUGACCCAUGGGACCUGGAUUACUACACUGCUCUGUUCCAGAGGGUGAACAGAAACCCCACUAGUGUAGAGUGUUUUGAUCUUGCCCAGUCCAACAGUGAACACAGUCGCCAUUGGUUUUUCCGAGGUCACAUGACCAUUGAUGGACAGGAGCAAAAGGAGACACUUUUCAGCCUUAUCAUGGGGACCCAGCGCCAUAGCAACCAGAAUAAUGUAAUCAAAUUUUGUGACAACAGCAGUGGUAUCGUGGGCAUGGAAGUAGAGUGUAUGUAUCCCAGUGAUCCAGCACAGUCUAGUUCUUACGUGACUCGACGGGCCACCCGACACGUCAUCUUCACUGCGGAGACCCACAACUUUCCCACAGGCGUGGCUCCUUUCAGUGGGGCCACCACAGGCACGGGCGGUCGAAUUCGGGAUGUUCAGAGCGCUGGCAGAGGGGGUCACGUGAUUGCUGGAACUGCAGGAUACUGCUUUGGCAACUUGCACAUCCCUGGUUAUGCCCUGCCCUGGGAGGAGGAGGGGUGGGAAUACCCCCCCAGUUUCGCUCCUCCACUCCAGGUGUCCAUUGAAGCCAGUGACGGAGCCUCAGACUAUGGAAACAAAUUUGGGGAGCCGGUCCUUGCAGGGUUUGCCCGGUCCUUUGGCAUGCAGCUGCCCAAUGGGGAACGGCGAGAGUGGAUCAAGCCAAUCAUGUUCAGCGGUGGGCUGGGCUCUAUUGAGGACCAGCAUGUGAAGAAGGAAGAUCCAAAGCCAGGGAUGGAGGUGGUGAAGAUUGGGGGCCCUGUGUACAGGAUUGGUGUUGGUGGCGGUGCGGCUUCUUCCAUACAGGUUCAGGGCGAUAACUCCAGCGCUCGUGACCUGGGGGCAGUGCAGAGAGGGGACGCCGAGAUGGAGCAGAAGAUGAACCGGGCCCUGCGGGCCUGUCUGGAGAGGGCCGAGGGGAACCCGGUCUGCAGCAUUCACGACCAGGGCGCUGGAGGAAAUGGUAACGUGCUGAAGGAGCUGAGCGAGCCUGCCGGAGCGCUCGUCCACGCCAGCAGGUUUAAGACGGGUGACCCCACCCUCAGUGUGUUGGAGCUCUGGGGGGCAGAGUACCAGGAGAGCAACGCUUUGCUCCUCCGCCCUUCCGACCGGGACUUCCUGGAGCGAGUGUGUCGCCGCGAAAAGUGCCCUGUGGACUUUGUGGGAAAAAUAACUGGGGAUGGCAAGAUUGUGCUGGUGGAUGAUCGCAGUGCACCAGGGGAGCAAGGUGACGGUGGACGGUGUCCAGUGGACUUAGAUCUGGAAUGGGUACUGGGGAAGAUGCCACAGAAGGAGUUUGUACUGGAGCGUGUGACCCCAGUUCUCCAGCCCCUAAGUCUGCCCCCGGGUCUGUGUGUCAUGGAUGCCCUGGAAAGAGUGCUGAGGCUGCCGUCUGUGGCCAGCAAGCGCUACCUCACCAACAAGGUGGACCGCUCUGUGACAGGGCUGGUGGCCCAGCAGCAGUGUGUGGGUCCCCUGCACACCCCCCUGGCCGACGUGGCUGUUGUGGCCCUCUCUCCCUUCAGCCUCCAGGGGGCGGCGACGGCAGUGGGCGAGCAGCCAAUCAAAGGCCUGCUGUCCCCGGCUGCAGGGGCUCGCAUGGCUGUGGGCGAAGCCCUCACCAACUUGGUCUUCGCCAGAGUCAGCGCUCUCAAGGACGUGAAGUGCAGUGGGAACUGGAUGUGGGCGGCCAAGCUGCCUGGCGAGGGGGCAGGCCUGUGGGAGGCGUGCCAGGCCAUGUGCGAGGUGAUGGGCAAACUUGGCGUGGCCGUGGACGGAGGCAAGGACUCCCUUAGCAUGGCGGCCCGAGUGGGCAAAGAAACCGUCAAAGCGCCAGGGUCUCUGGUCAUCUCGGUCUAUGCUGUGUGUCCUGAUGUAACUGCCACUGUCACCCCUGAUCUGGAGAACCCCGACGGAAACGGCCUGUUGCUGUAUGUACCUGUUAGCCCGGGUAAAUACAGGCUGGGUGGGUCUGCUCUGGCCCAGUGCUACGGGCAGCUGGGAGACUGCAGCCCUGACCUGGAGGACCCAGACAAGCUCUCUGCCUGCUUCAACACUACACAGACGCUCAUUCAGGACCGACUGCUUAGCGCAGGACAUGACAUCAGUGAUGGGGGGCUCAUUUCCUGCCUGCUGGAGAUGGCCUUUGCUGGGAAUCGUGGAAUAGAAGUAGACUUGCCUUUGCAAGGGCCAGGAGUGAUGGAGGUGCUGUUUUCAGAGGAGCUGGGCCUGGUUCUGGAGGUGUCUGAGUCCAAUGUGGCCAGAGUGUGCCAAAGCUACACAGAUGCUGGACUCCCCUGUCACAGAAUUGGCAGAACUUGUGGGUUUGGACCCGAGUCCCUGGUUAAAGUGCGAGUCUGUGGACAGGAAGUGCUGAGUGACAGUCUGCCUCGCCUCAGGGCAUUAUGGGAAAGCACUAGCUUCCAGCUGGAACGCCUUCAGGCCAAUCCCACGUGUGUGCAGCAGGAGGAGGAUGGGUUGGCUUGUCGUACACAGCCGUUUUAUAGACUAACCUUUGAACCUGCUCAUACACCCAGCUUUAAGGGGCUUGCUGAAGGACACCCCCGAGUGGCGGUGAUACGAGAGGAAGGAAGUAAUGGCGACAGAGAGAUGUCGGCGUCUCUGUCAAUGGCGGGAUUUGAGGUUUGGGAUGUCACAAUGCAAGAUAUAUGUUCAGGAUCCACGACCCUUGACCCCUUUAGGAUGGUCGUUUUUGUGGGUGGAUUCAGCUAUGCUGACGUCCUGGGCUCAGCUAAAGGCUGGGCUGCCACUGUGACCUUUAACCCACGCGCGCGGGCGGAGUUUGAGCGUUUCCGUCGCCGUGGCGACACACUCAGUCUGGGCGUGUGUAAUGGCUGCCAGCUCAUGGCCCUGCUGGGCUGGGUCGGUGAGGGAGACGGCACAGCCUCAGACGUGACGUUGACACAUAACAAGUCGGGCAGGUUUGAGUCUCGGUUUGUGAGUGUGGGCAUUCUGCGCUCCCCCGCUGUCAUGCUGAGGGGAAUGGAGGGGUCGUCGCUGGGCGUCUGGGUGGCCCAUGGGGAAGGUCUGGUGCAGUUCAGCUCUCUUCAGGCCCAAGACCGAGUCAUCGGGGGCUCCCUGGCUCCCCUGCGCUACGUGGACGACUCGGGGUCCCCCACCGAGCGGUACCCCCAGAACCCGAACGGGUCGCCCCAGGGCGUGGCCGGGCUCUGCUCCGCCGAUGGGCGCCACCUGGCCAUGAUGCCCCACCCCGAGCGGGCGGUGCUGCCCUGGCAGUGGGCCUGGGCACCAGAGCCCAUGAGAGCUUCCCUGUCGCCCUCGCCCUGGCUCAGCAUGUUCCAGAAUGCCGCGGCCUGGUGCCAGACUGCCUGAGCUGGACAGGGGUGGGCUCUGGUUGGUUUUGGGUGCCCAGUUCAAGUAUUUCACAAGCCCAUGGAAGUGUGUUGCUGACUGUUAGCUGUCCAAAUAAUGAAUCAACACUUAAAGUACUGAUAAUUUUAGAUCCAAAGUUAAAUACCCCUGGUUUAAGGUGCUAAUACAGAGCAUUCUUUAUUCCUGUUACAGUUAGGCUAGAUUUUUGUACUAAUUUGUUAUGUAAUUGUUUCUUUGGUAUUGUCUCAGGCCCUCCAUUCAGAGUUGCCAACUCUGUGCCUAUUUUCAUGACCAUUUCAUGGUCCAAAUGAGGAGCAGUGGGCUUGGUGAUAAAGACAUUCCUUCCACCGCCAUGACCUGACAUUCCAACAGUUGCAUUUUUUUCAGUAUUUCACUCAUAAUUGAAGAGAAUACUUCCACUAUAAUAGAAAUACCUCACUAAUGACAUCUGCUUGUAUAUAUUCCAUCAAUAUACAUUCAUACUGAUUUCUGCUAGUUAAAGACAAUGAGAAACUUAGGAUCAGUCAGUUUGGCAUUAGGAGGGAUUGAUUGGUCCCUUUCAAUCCCUGAUUCUGAUUUUAUUCAAGAAACAUCAAUGGUUCUUUAGGCUGUACCCUUAAUGUCCAUUCCAUAGCAACGGUUGUUUACUAGAAAGAUAAUCACACUGUUAUUAGUGUGCCCUGUCAACAGUCAGUUGAAGUAGUUUGUUUUGAAUCUAAGAAAAAAAUAAAUACUUCAUUUUGUA